AUGAAAGAAGAAAAAGAGAAGGAGAACGUUUCAAAUUACUAUUUUCUGAAUUUCAAAUAUACACUUUAUGGUGACAUGAAAAAUGUGUAUGUCUAUGUUUUCUGCAUUGACGAGGUGUUUCUAACUGAAUGUGAGAUUUUUUUUCGUUGUUUUGAAAUUUUUCAUUCAACUGUUCUGUUAGUAUUUUUGAAUAGAGUAGAAUGAAUAAGUGCUAUUGUACUUCAUUUUGAAAAUCAUGCCAUUAUUGAAGAUGAAAAUAUUCUCAUGAACUUUUAGAGCUCAUACAUUUUUAACUCAAAUGUUAUGGAUAGUGAAUUUUUUUCCACUUGCUAAAAGGCAGCUGAUUUUUUUGUAUUUAUCAGAAAAUCUAGAACGCAAAACUCAACUUUUGUCUGAAAAUGAAGUUCUAUUUUUCUUUAAAUAUAUAUUUUUCUUAAGAACUCAGAACUAAAUAAAUUUUUGAAAGAUUUGUUCGGUUCCAAGAAUUUCAGGUACCUUAAAUACAUCAGAUUUUUCCUGGAAAUCACUUAUUUUCUCUGUCAAAAAACCUCGAUCACAAACACAUUAUUCCUAUUAA